CGCAGAGUAACACCCGCGGUCCGUUUAUAGCGUAUUGUCAAACCGAUCCCAUUCUCGUUUAUCCGAAUGUCAGCUCAGAUUCAUCUCGAUUUUAUACAGCUUACUCAGCAAAGUAAACCGGGACGUACAGAGCGUCACCAAGAUGGCGGCUGAGCGAGCGAGUGCGGGGCCUGAGGGCAGCGAUCGGGAAUCAGCCCCGGCCCCACAACCCGAGUCUGAGCACCGGCUCCGGCAGCAGCAGCUUCUCCGCAUUCUGGGUCAUUACGAGCCCGUGUUGACUUAUUGGCAGAGUGUGUUGGUGUGGGAGAGGCCGCUGCACAGCCUGUUUCUAUACCUGAGCGUCAACGCCAGUUUCUGGUGUCUGGCACUAACCUCUCUGAGGCUUGUAUUCCUCAUUGCGUUUGGUCUGAUGAUUAUUGUAUGUGCUGACACCUGGAAGACUAAAAUCUGGCCUGAACUCCGAGUGAUGCACAUGGAAGACAGUGAUGCUGAGAGCUGGGGCCUUGUUCACCCAAAACUACUCAGUGUUCCUGAACUUUGUCACAGAAUGGCAGACCUCUCUAUCAGUACAGAGAGGUUUUUGAAGAAUUUGUACCAUUUUAAAAAACAAAAUCCUGGUAAGUUUUGUCUUUUAGUGUGUGGUAUGUUCACAUUCCUGGCUGUAAUUGGACGCUACAUACCUGGUCUCUUCCUGUCCUACAUCAGCUUGAUCGGCAUGCUGUUCUGGCCCCUGGCUAGUUAUCACCAACUGGGGCAAAAGAUUAGUGCCAGAAUUGAACCUGUGCUCAAGCGGCUGGAUUUCAGCAUGAAGGGAUACAUGUUGGCAAAACAGCAGGAGAGACAGUUACGUCACCGAGCACCAGCUGUCAGAACUGCAGAUGAUGGAAGUGAUAGUGAAGCUGAAUUGGCUGCCUUCUGCCCUAAGCUUGAUGACUCCAUAAUUGCUAAGGAACUGGAAGUUUCGGAAUCUGAGCAUUCUGACACUGAGGUAUCAUAUGCUGACAAUGGAACUUUCAACUUAUCCCGAGGACAGACACCGAUAACAGAUGGCUCUGAAGAUCUUGAUCGUCAUAGUGACCCAGAGGAGUCAUUUGCAAGAGAUCUACCAGAAUUCCCAUCAAUAAACCCAAAUGUGGCUGGGUUGGAUGAUGAUGAUGAUGAUACGAGUCUGGGUAUUCCAACAGCUCCCUACCAAGCUUUGGCACAGGAAGACGUGAGCUUGUUUUCUGAUCAGGAGGAUAUUGAUGUAGAUAUAUCUCUCAGUGGGCUGCCAUUACCCCUGAAUUUCACAGGCAGCCAAGGUUUAACUCUGGCAGGGGCACUAGCCAGUAAUAUGAUGGCAGCUGCAUUAUCAGGAGCAGAUCAAGAGGUCCAAGUGGUGAGGGACAAUCCUCCAAAAUUUGCUUCACAGACCUGUCAUGAACACUCAGGUACAGAAAUGGACACUGAUGCAGAGGGGGAUGAUUUUGAACUGUUGGAUCAGUCAGAGCUGAAUCAAUAUGAGAAUAUCACUUCACAGGAUCGAGCCUCAAGGCAACAAUCAAAGGCAGGUUUCUUUUCAAACUUCCUCCGAAAACAGUAGGUUUGUGGGUGUUGGUGUUGCCAAAUUACAUCAUACUGGACCCAGUAGACAUUCGUUGGAAGGCAAGGUUUCCAUAAUCGUCUUGUUGCAAUCACACUGUCUGUUGUUCUUGCUGCUGUUGUGCGUAGUUUAAAAUAGUGAUUGCCUCAGUGGUUACUACUUGUUCCUCAUGGCGGACAGAAAUUCGCAGCUAAGAGAGAUGUAGAAUUUAUUGCUGUAAGCCAUUGCAAGUUUGUUUGGUGCCCCUUCUAGUUCAUUUGGUUUGAAAUUGUUUCAUCCCAGAAAAGUUAUUGUAAGGGAUGAAGAAGCCAUCCUGCACAUCUGCACUUCCAAAAUUGUGUUAAUCAUCAUUUAAGCGUUGUUGAUUUUUGACUUGGCGCAGUUACCCGUUUUAGGGGAUAGAAGUUCUUCCUUCAUGAGGUAUUUUUGGUGGAUAUUACUUGUAGACUGCACCAUUUUAUUCAUAUAAGUGUCUUCUGUGUUUCUGUUUCGAAAAGUAGAAACUAACCAUCAAAUUUUGCCAGCAAGCAAGGUGUGGAGUUGGUGCAGGGUAAUCCAGUCAUCGUUUGAUUAGUUGAAUUCUAGAAAAUACCAAUUAGCACGUAGUGACAAUGAUUAGAGUUGUCCCGUAAAAAGACUUAAUCCACUCUCCAGCAUGUGUAAUGUAACGAGCAAUGAAAUUCAUCAUCGGCGGAGAUUAAUGUUGCUAUUGUUCAUUUGGGAUAGCAAGGCUGGAAAACUUCCAGGAUUAAAGCUUUGAGCAUUAUCCUGCCAGAGACAAUAACUAAAUUGUUCAGAAGAAGAGGACGCUGAUGUUUUUGGGAAUGUAUACAUAGUAAGCUUUGCAGUUCUAUUUAUCCAUCUCUAUGCAGAAAAGUUCAUAAUAUAGCAAAACUGAACAGAUAAGGAAUAGACUAUUUAUGUAAUUGAGGCUUGGUUUCUAAAAGCCUAGUGAGGUUUGAGUGAGGAGAUCCGUGGGAUUUUGUGUGUUCAUCUUUAACGUUGUAAAUGCAUUAAUUCUAGGCAAUGCAAUACUUUUUGAGUUUAACUUGAUUUCUAAAUACACUUUAGAUGUUGCAAACUUCUCCAUUUCAUUUUGCUUCUGAUUUCUGUGACCAUGCAGCUGUUUGCUGCAGUUACACUAUUUUUAAAUUCAUUUCAGUUUAAUGUUUUUUCAAGCUGUUUCUUUUAAGAUCAGUACAUUCUACAGUUCUCAUUGGUGACCAGCUUUCCACUUCCAACUGUUAUGCCUAAAAUGUACAUGACCAGAAUCAAGGGUUCAAAAACAGCUGAGAUGAGUGUGGGUUGUAUGGCAUGAGCUAACACUGGAUACUGAUAGUAGAUUGAAACACUUUUUUUGUGUGUUAUGUCCAAAGACUCAAGCUGUGAACAAGAAAGGAAGCUGUGUCUUUUGCCUGUUUUUUAAGGCAUCAGCGAUGUAGCUGUAGUAAUGGAUUAGAUGGUGGAAGGAGCUGGGCUGGUUUACUGGACCUCUCUGACUCUGCAUUGAUGUAGUAGCAUGGAUCAAUUUUUCCAAUAGCUGAAAUCCAAAACUCAAAACUUGAUAAUAUGUAAUUCAGUGCUAUACCUGUGUUAGUUAUCAGUGGAUAAUGCAGACAGUAUUCUGCUCCCAUUUAGAAUAUUUACCUUCCUUGUAAGCAAAAGCAGUCUGACUGCAGCAAUUAAAAUGCAAUGUUACAUUUGCUCAAUUAGAGAAAGAAAAAGUAAAUAAAAUAUUUUAUGAAAUAGAAAUUUAACAUUGCACUGAGUGACAUCACAAUUUAAUGGAUUGGAAUGUGGUGUAACUCAAAACCAUGCACAAAUUGUUUUAAAGCUUAAAUUUUUUGAAUACAUGUUCAGUAUCCUUUGAAACUUAUUAAAAAAUGAAAUAUUUGAUAUCGUAAGGCAUUACUUUGUUCUGUUGUAGCUUUUUAGUGCAAAAUCAAAAUACUACGCAUCUUGAAGCCUAAAGUAAAAACAAAUUGCUGGCAGCAGCAUGUCAGGCACCACUGGAGUGGUCGGAGAACAGAAUAAACAUUUCAGGUUCAUGAGCUCCUUUUAUUACACUUCUUAAUAUUCUGCUGUACUUAUGCACUUAUUGAGAGACUGAGUGAUAUUCUUAAUGUCAUACUGGAUUAGCAACUUGGCGAACAGGUAGCACAGGAAACACUCACUUACUACAACAGAAAUUAAAUCACGUCCAUCGUUCUAAUUUACAGGUUAUUAAGUGCAGACACUAUUUUGAAGGUAAUCUGCUUUUCAUCAGUGAUCUAGCCCUGUGUGGAGUUAAUGCAAAUUUUAGGACAAUGCAGCUGCUACAUGCACCAUACCUGUUGCAAGUGUUUUGGGCAAUGAUCCUUGGUUCAUUUUUCCCUGCAAAGUAAUUAUAGUCAUCACUAUUUAGACUGAGCCAGCUUUUUCCAUUGUAAAGGGGAAGUGUAUUUCACAGAAGAUUCCAUUUGCAUCUGAAAUUGAAAAUGGCAAACAACUGAUCCCUCAAAUCUUUGAAAAUUGUAUGAAAUUAUGUACAUAUUGAUCUGUUUAAAAACUUCUAAAACAUUUAGUGAUGAGCUUAAGCUUUGAGUUUUUUUUGAGAUGACAUCUCUCUGAGGACUUGUGGUGUGUUUAAAACCUAUUGCAGCCUGAAUAUAUUCAUUAGAAGCCCAGACAGUUAGAACUGAUAGUUAAAUAAUGCAAAAUGCAUUUAACUGUUGUGAGAUAUGUAAACGUGUAUUUUUGAUGUUGUAUGAUCCUCAACGUCACCUGUGUAUUUAAAUAUUUCAAAAUGUUAAUUUUCAGAGUUUAUAACUGACCUGAUUCAUUUGAAAGUUUUGUAGAAAAGUCAUUGUUUAUUUUUGA